AUGGCUGUGCAGGCUGCCCUUGGGGUUGUGUGUUGGGGCCUCUGGCAGAGUCCGGGGAUCUUUUCUCUAAGCCAUCCUAAGAACAUUAUAGCAAAGAGAGAUGGUUUUCUUCUCAACAUCCAUUUGAAGUGGGUGCAGUUUUCAUGCUUGCAUAUGAAUGUCAGGAAUGGUAUGGAAAAACCUAAGAUCUCCGUUUCUGAUGAACCAGACACAUUACAUAAGUGCCUCUCAGUUUUAGUAAAAGGCCAUGAUAGGGCUGUAAGUUCUGACUACUUUGCUGUACUUGCUGCUAAAGAACUUGGUGUCUCAAUUAAAAUGGUACAUGAACGUCCAAGGAAAAUAGAACAUCUCACUCUUCUCAAAUCAGUACUUAUUCUUGAGAAGCACAGAGUUGAGCAUGAAAUGAGGACAUAUUCCAGAUGUUUAGAGCUCCAACAUUUGACAGGAAGUACAGUAGAUGUCUAUUUGGAAUAUACCCAACAAAACCUACCUGAAGGUAUUGUCAUGGAAGUGACAAAGUUAGAACAGUUACCAGAACACAUCAAGGAACCACUUUGGGAGACGGUGGGCAAGGAAGAAGAAGCAAGCCAAGGGUGGGGGCGGGGCGGGUCAGUGGGAGCCCCUCACCAGGUGGGCAGUACCAACAUCAAGUGCCAGCGUAAAGAGGUCUACUACUGUGAGGUUCCCCACUCUGAGAUGUGCAGGCGCUGCACAGAGAGGUGUCCAGAAGGAAUGGAGGCUCUUCAACAAUGCAGAACGACAGCAGACACGUGGUGUGGGGUACCUGGCACAGAGCCUCCUCAUCCCAGUUCAGACCCACAUCACCGCUCCCCUGGAACUCCAUGUUCCCUGCUCUUCCCCCCAAGCCCCGUGGACGACGCUGCUAUUUAUUUUUCAAGGCAACCGGGUACAAGUGACUAGCCCAGGGUUACACCCCUAGGAAGUGUCUGAAGAUGGAUUUAAACUCAGGUAGUCCUGACUCCAGGGCCGGCGCUCUAUUGUCUUCACUAUCCAACUGCCCCUUGCUUUGGUCAAGAUAUUAGGAGACCCCUUGGUUUCCAGAGUUAAGGCCCAGCAAGCAGGCUGUGCCCUGAACUUGGCAUAACCACAAUCCUUUGUGGUUGACUUCUGGAACUGAUGGCCCCUGGGCUUGGGCAAGCACCAAAAGGCCCCGACAGGAGGCCCUGCGUGAAGGGCCUUUGUCACUAGACAACCGUGCUUCACUGAUGCUGUUGGGUCUUACUACACUGUUUGACUCUUUGUCUAGCCACAAAUACAUAAACCAAGGUUCAGUCAUGCUGCAGCAGGUCCCCCCACCAUGGGUGAGGCCCCAACCCAUGUGUCCUCGCUUCCACAUGGUUUGAUUCCUCACAGUCCUGUCUCUGGCCUCCUCUGAUCCACUCCGGCCACCUGUGGGUUAGAGGCCAGUGCGGUCAGGUGACACUCUCUGCUUUUAAAUUUGUAUUUAAAAGCAAUUCUUUUAAUUCCCUCGACACCAUCAGCUAAGUUCAGAGGACUGAGGGAGCCCUCUACCUGCUCCUUGACAGAGAUCUCAGAACCUCAUGGUGCAAAAUGAUGUAUCCAUUUUUAGGACACAAGCGAGGCAGAAAUUAGUUAAAUAUGCUUAAAAAUUUUCUGUUUUAAAUAUGAAUGUUUAAUAAAAUAGCAAAACAUUUAUAACA